AUGGCCUGCUGCAACACUAGCUUCUGUGGGUUUCCCAUCUGCUCCAAUGGCGGGACCUGUGGCUCCAGCUGCUGCCAGCCUACCUGCUGCCAGACCAGCUGCUGCCAGCCAAGCUGCUGUGGAACCAGCUGUGGCAGUGGCUGGGGGUUUGGGGGUGGCCAUGGGGGGAGCGGCUGCCGCACCAGGUGGUGCCGCCCAGACUGCCGCGUGGAGGACACCUGCCUGCCCCCCUGCUGCGUGGUGAGCUGCACUCCCCCAACCUGCUGCCAGUUGCACCAUGCUCAGGCCUCCUGCUGCCGCCCAUCCUACUGUGGACAGUCCUGCUGCCGUCCUGCCUGCUGCUGCUACUGCUGCCAGCCCACCUCCAUGAGCUGCCGCACCAGGUGGUGCCGCCCAGACUGCCGCGUGGAGGACACCUGCCUGCCCCCCUGCUGCGUGGUGAGCUGCACUCCCCCAACCUGCUGCCAGUUGCACCAUGCUCAGGCCUCCUGCUGCCGCCCAUCCUACUGUGGACAGUCCUGCUGCCGUCCUGCCUGCUGCUGCUACUGCUGCCAGCCCUCCUGUUAA